AUGCUCUGGCAUAUUGACAAUGAUCAUGGUAAAGGGGAGCCUAAAGACUUGACUCUAAACUCACAGUACAGUCAGCGAGUGCAGUACCUUGGGAAUAAGGAACACAAUUGCACUUUUAGAAUAAACAAUCUGACAGAGAGAGAUUCAGCAACAUAUUGUUUCAGGUUCCUGACAAAUACAUAUUCUGGGAAAUUUAGUGGUAUACCUGGUGUCACACUGACAGUCAGAGCUUUACAGGUGAGUGUGAACCCUGACACAGUGAGUGAGGGAGAGAGGGUCACACUGACCUGUAACACCACCUGCACUGUGAAUUACAGUCUAGCCUUCAUCUGGUAUAAGAAUGGAAAUCCUCUACCCAACAUCAACCAGAACCUCCAGUUCUCAGCCAGCAGUGAAGAUGCAGGCAGCUACUCCUGUGCUGUAAAAGAUGGCCCCAAAAGUGCUUCAGUGUCAGUCCGUCCCUCUGGUGAAAUAGUGGAGGGCAGUUCAGUGACUCUGACCUGCAGCAGCAAUGCCAACCCACCAGUGUACAGUUACACCUGGUAUAAGAAUAGAUAUAGACUGUUAAGGACAGGAUCAGAACCAGCAUACACUUUUGAAGAUGUCACAUACUUGGAUGCUGGAGAAUACUACUGUGAGGCCAAGAAUGACAUUGGGACAGUAAAAUCUCCUCAUCUAUAUCUCAAAGUGCAAUAUGCUCCCAAGACCACCUUAGUGACAGUCAAUCCCUCUGCUGAAAUAGUGGAGGGCAGUUCAGUGACUCUGACCUGCAGCAGCAAUGCCAACCCACCAGUGCAGAGCUACACCUGGUUUGUGCAAAAUCAACAUGAAGCUUUGCAGACAGGAAAAGAGCAGACAUACACCAUAGCAGGUGUCAGCAAAACCCAUGCCGGAGAGUACUACUGCGAAGCCCAAAAUGAUGUUGGGAAAGGCCAGUCUCCUCACCUACAUCUCAAUGUGCAGUACUCUCCCAAGAACACCUCAGUGUCAGUCAGUCCCUCUGGUGAAAUAGAGGGGGGCAGUUCAGUGACUCUGACCUGCAGCAGCAAUGCCAACCCACCAGUGCAGAGAUACACCUGGUUAAAGAAGAGUUUGAAUCUGAAAAUAGAUCCUGGUACAGUGAGAGAGGGAGACAAUGUGAAACUGACCUGCAGCACCACCUGCUCUCUGCACAGUCCAACCUUCAUCUGGUAUAAGAAUAGAAAUCCUCUAUCCAACACCAACCAGAUCCUCCAGUUCUCAGCCAGCAGUGACGAUGCAGGCAGCUACUCCUGUGCUGUAAGCGGCUAUGAGAGUCUCCCUUCCACCGCAGUGACUCUCAUUGUGAGAUAUGCUCCCAUGAACACCUUACUGACAGUCAGUCCCUCUGCUGAAAUAGUGGAGGGCAUUUCAGUGACUCUGACUUGCAGCAGCAAUGCCAACCCACCAGUGCAGAGUUAUGGCUGGUUUAAGAAAAAUCAAUAUGAAGCCUUGCGGACAGGAAAAGAGCAGACAUACACCAUAGCACGUGUCAGCAAAACCCAUGCCGGAGAGUACUACUGCGAAGCCCAAAAUGAUGUUGGGAAAGGCCAGUCUCCUCACCUACAUCUCAAUGUGCAGUAUGCCCCCCAGAGCACCUCAGUGUUAGUCAGUCCCUCUGGUGAGAUAGUAGAGGGCAGUUCAGUGACUCUGACCUGCAGCAGCAAUGCCAACCCACCAGUGCACAACUACACCUGGUUUCAGAAGAAUGAAACUGGAGUCUGGCAGACUGGAUCAGGACAGAGUUUGAACUUUUCUAACAUCAGAUCCUGGAACAGUGGACAGUACUACUGCGAGGCAAAGAACAAGAUCAGAGCUCAUAACUCUACUGCUCAGCUGAUCACAGUACAAGGCAUCAGUUAG